UAGUUUGACGUUCUUGUGCUGCAAGAUCAUCCAUCACUCAGAGCUGUAAACACGUACACUAACGAACAAACAACAACAAAACAAACUAACAAAAAACAAUGUUUUUCUUGCUUAAACAUCUGAUAAUCUAUAAAUGUGCUUAAUGUUACAAGAUAUAACACAUUUAAAGGGAAGAAGAAAAUAUCUUUUAUAUCAUUUAUAUAAUUAACAAAGGUCCUCCACAUGUUCCCUCAUACCUGUUUUUCUUUUUGCCAUAAAACAUGUUAAUAUUUAUUGGUUGGAUUAACUGGAUUAUUGGUGCAUAUUAAAGGUGACAGGAACAUUGUAUUGCUGGUGAUGCAACUUAUUUUAACAUUUUUUAAUGUUCAAUGCAAAAUAAUGCUUUAUAUUUCUAUUUCAAGUCUAUAUAUGCUUUAUUUUUUAUAAAUCAUGUAAGUAAAGGAGGUUAAAAAAAACAAUGCAUUUAUUUCCUUCAGGACUAGACAGUACAAUUAAAUAAAUAACAAUAAAUUCAAAUACCCAUGUUGAAGUUAAGUAAAUGCAUGACCUGACUAAAUGUGCUUUAGUUACAUCCUGCUGCCUUUUGAAAUAUGCGCAUUAAAGGUCGUGCGUAAUUGCGCACGUUCGAAACGAUCCAGAUGGUCACCAUGGUCAUCUGGCGCCGUUACAUCUAUUCCACAUGCCGUUCAUUUGUAGCACUGUGAUCGUUUGUAUGAUAAACGGGGUUUUACAUACUCACAGAAAGCAGUGGAUUAACAAUAAACUGCGCGAUGGGCGGACGAGGAUGACUUUAAGUAGAAUACCUGUACACCUGCACAACAGCUCUCCCCUGCGACCGGGUGAAACUCUACUCCUGCGCCUCUACCUGACAGACUCGCCGCUCUCUGACUCACUCACUCCUACCUUAUGGAGUGAGUGUGACUCACUUCUCUGCCGUGCUCGGCUCUCUGAACGCUCCUGUGAGCCGCGUGCUGCUGUCGGGAUAUGGUGGUAACACAACACGCACUGGUUUGCGUGCGCUGACUGGAAAUGACCACUUCUAGUGCGCGGGGAUGGUGAUGGUCCAGGAGAGCGGUAACAUGUCGAUCCCAGCGCCAGUCGGAGGUUCAGUCCGCCGUCCAAUAGCCUCCAGCCGGUCCCAGGGAAGAUGAACGAUGUAAACUCCCCAGCCGGGCAGCCGGACGCGGCGGCGACGGUGCCAAGACUGCGCCCCCACGAAAACCGCAGCAUGGCCGAGAUCAUCGCCGACCACCCGGCCGAGCUGGUCCGGACCGACAGCCCCAACUUUCUGUGCUCGGUGCUGCCCUCCCACUGGCGGUGCAACAAGACGCUGCCUGUCGCCUUCAAGGUGGUUGCUCUAGGAGACAUCCCUGACGGGACUGUAGUCACAGUGAUGGCGGGGAACGAUGAGAACUACUCUGCCGAGCUGCGGAAUGCCUCAGGUGUGAUGAAGAACCAGGUAGCGCGUUUCAACGACCUUCGCUUCGUGGGCCGCAGUGGCCGAGGCAAGAGCUUCACGCUGACAAUCACAGUAUUCACCAACCCACCACAAGUGGCCACUUACCAUCGAGCCAUAAAGGUCACCGUAGACGGACCACGUGAGCCCAGGAGGCAUCGUCAAAAGCUUGAAGACCCUCCGAAGACCGGUCUCUUCUCAGACCGCCUCAGUGAGCUGGAGAGAAUGAGGGUGAGGGUCAGUGUCCCAACUCAAGGCCCCCGACCAACUCUCAAUACAGCGGCCAACUCCUUCAACCCACAGGGUCAGACACAGAUCACAGACCCUCGUCAGUCCCAGUCCUCUCCUCCCUGGUCAUAUGAACAGACGUACCCAUCCUACCUGAGUCCCAUGGCGUCCCCCUCAGUCCACUCCACCACCCCCCUCUCCUCCAGCCGAGGCACGGGCCUGCCUGCCAUCAGUGACGUGCCUAGACGAUUGCCAGGUUCCUCCGACCUGAGCCCAUUCCCCGGUCAGUUCGAGCGUCAGUUCCCGGGCCUCUCCUCCCUCACAGACACUCGUUUCUCUGGUCCUCGGAUGCACUACCCAGCCACCUUCACCUACACCCCGCCCGUCACCUCCGCCAUGUCACUGGGCAGCACCCACUACCACACCUACCUUCCCCCGCCUUACCCGGGUUCCACUCAGACCCAGAGUGGACCCUUCCAGACCAGCAGCACGCCCUAUCUCUAUUACGGAGCUUCGUCCGGCUCGUACCAGUUCUCCAUGGUCCCCGGUGGCGAUCGCUCACCCUCCCGGAUGAUCCCGCCUUGCACUAGCGCCUCCACGGGCACCACCCUGGUGAACCCCAACCUGCCCAGCCAGACGGAGGGCGGGGUGGACGGCGACGGGAGCCACAGUAACUCCCCGACAGUUCUCAACCCCGGGGGCCGCAUGGAUGAAGCCGUCUGGAGGCCAUAUUGAAGAAAAGCAGGGGUGUGGAGAUUGGAAGUCAGCUGAGGUCAUGGUUUGAAAGCACAAAACCUUUUUUUUUUUUUAAAUUUAAAAAAAAAGGGGGGGAUUUUUGAGCUCUCAUCAGCUAUCUCUACCUUUUGCUUGGAGAUUAAGGUUGAGAUAAAUGAAAGACCAGACUUGUACGGACUUGUCUUCCUGGAAUGUGUUUUGACCAAGGCACUACAAAGGGAGUCGUUCUCACAGCAAUAAUGAGAAAGACAAUUUUGAUUUUACUCGGCCUAUGUGGAUGAGACAUUAUUUCAGUUUUAUUAUAAUCCACAAGCUAAGGGAUGCUUCAACAAUAUUUGUAGAAGACUGCCUCUUUUUGUAUAGUGUUUGUAUUUCAGUAAGGCUUUUUGCAGAGCAUGUUUUUGUACUAUGACAAUAUCAAGAUGCAAGUUAAGCACUGAGUAGCAAGUGAUGAGCGUAACGCAUAUGUUACCUUAAGUGGUAUGGACAGUAAAUUUGCUUUAAAACAAUUAAUUUAACUUGUAUAUUGUGGGUGAAAUGAUGUAGAUUAAGGCGUUUUUUGUUUUUUUUUCUUCUUAGUUUUAACUUAUAAAGCCAUAAAUUAUGUAUUGUAUUUGAAACUUGAGUCAAAGAAGUGUAAUCUGAAUAUUUUUGAUGCAUCUAUGAGUAAGUUAAAAUUAUUUUCUUUUCUUUCUUCCUUUAUUUUGAUAGGUAAUUUAAGAGAGCGAGAGGUUUAAUCUUUUUCCUUUUUUUUUUGUAGCACCCAAAGAUUUAAAUUGUUUCAAAUAUGAAAUGUAAUUUCCAAAGAGUAUUGCAACAUGUUUCUUCUGGUGUAACUUUCAGUUUAACUGCUCCACACAUUAAGAGCCUGACAUCCUCGCUAGGCGUUGACACACAUUUGGCUUGGAAUUAAACCUUCAGUAUUUAUUGAGCAAUAACUCGCAUUGUGCCUCUUGGCAACAUACCACGUAAGAGAGCUUCAAUGGGGGAAAAUAAUUACCCAUUGGGGGAAAGUCUGCUUGAUUUCUCCAGUUUGUCUGGUCUGACAUGCACACAGAUACAUAUGCAUUUUCUUAUCCAAAUACGAAAUGGUACAUUUAUGCACGAAUUGACACGGAGUCCAAAGAUGAUGAUUGCGGUGCCACGCCUG